UAGACGGGGUGCGGAGUGGCGGGUGAACACGAUGCGUAUCAAAAUGUUGCUAACAUACCUAUCUAUUUUUGAUUUCUCUGAUUUUGGAUUUUCCUACCCAUCUCUUUUACGUAAUAGCACAGAAGACGGAACAAUAUUAAAACGUUCGUGCACCAGCUGCUGCUGCUACAAUACGGUUGCUUGUAACUGACUGGCGAUUGGUUCUUAAGAUUACAUUUAAACGAAAUCGUGUUGUACUUUUAAGUUUUAUUCCAGUGCUCACUGCUCGCGUAGUCUCGUUAUGAUCGUUUUCUACGUUCUAGAUUUUAUCGGCGUUAUUAAUAAAAUUAAAAUAUAAUAUAUACGUAUAAUAAUUAAUAGGUGCAUUAAUACUAUUAUAGUAUUAACUAUCCGGCUGUCAUUACUCAUACUGGGGCCUUUCGACAGAGGUACACAUUUGUGCAGAUCAUCUGGUUACAUGUCUUCCAGGAUAACCAUGUUUGCAAAUUUCUCCAGCACCAAAAACACAACAGUCGACGGUAGAGUAGAAUACCCCGACAAAUGCUGUCCAACCCAAGGGCCACUGUUAACCGCAGUCUCAUCAAAGUGUCAGCACCCAUGUUCCUCGCAACAGAAACUCAUGUUUGAGGAAUAUAACCAAAAUAAUAACUUUGAUAUUUACAACAUGGAUGCACCAACAAGUUCUCCGCUCAAGCCCUGUAAUACGGAUUUCAAGAAAACUUCCUGUAAAGAGAAAAAAUUUGACUUGCCAACAAAACUCAAUGAGAUAAAACAGGACAGCUUGAAAUCUCCUAUUGCUAAACUCAAUGAAAUUAUGUUGUUAAAAAAACAAGUAGUCGAAUACAAUUUGGUUUCCAUAACGGGUCAUGUACAUAAUCCAGUUUUUAGAUUUGUUGCUGUAAAUGAUGGAAUAUAUGCUUAUGGAGAAGGUUUGUCAAAAAAAGAAGCGAAGAAAAAUGCAGCUAUAGCUUUAUUGGAUCAAUUAGAUGAUAAUAAUGGAAACAACACCAUAACGUCUACCACUUCGAACAUUUCACCAAGCAAUGUUAGCCCUUUGAAGUAUAGCAAAGAGAGCGUUUUAGAUGACAUAUCAAAAGUAAACCCUAUUGGUGUACUGCAAGAGUUGUGCAUGGCUCGUCAUUGGGAAUUACCCAGUUACAAGUUUCCACAAGAUGAACGCAAUGAAUCACAUAAUGUUUGGUAUUCUGUGGUAUGUUCCCUUAGGGACUUACAAUCUGUAGGUGAAGGAAAAACCAAGCAAGCAGCUAAAAGACAAGCGGCUCAUAUUAUGUAUGCCAAAAUAAAAAACUUCCCUCAACAGAGCAUCUCUAAGACUAGGGAAUAUGUAUAUCCAACACCUAGUAAAUUUAUGCUAGACCUUAUGGAAAGUAAGGAUUUAGAUUGCAUAAAUAAUCUGAAAUCCUUGGAAAUAUUCUUGAACCGUUUAAAAUCAUCACAAAAGCCAAGUUUAAACAAACUAAGGAAUACCGAUUCUACAGUUGAAAUAAGAAAAAAUUCCAUUAAACUUUUAGAAGCAAUUGGAGAAGAAGAACAUUUUAGUAUUACAUAUUUAUUGAUGAGUAACGAGUCAGUUGAUAUUGGAAUGGUAAUGCAAUUAGCUGUCACUCCUCUUUUGUUGUUUAUCGGUUCUGGCAGAACAACGAAAGAUGCUCGAGAAAUGGCUGCCUAUGUUGCUCUAUUGUACAUAAGACUCUUAUUAGAGUAGUGAAUCAACAAAAAUACAACUUAUAUAUUCUACAUCCUUACCUAAUAAUAUUAUGCAUUUCGUUAAGCUUAAAACAUAAUUUUUAUAUUAUAUUAUAAUAUUAGUAUAAUGCUAACUUUUGUUAAAUUUCUACAUGUAGUCACUUAAUUCCUAUAACUUAUUAAAAAAGAUUUAUAAUAUUUAUUUUUUGAAUCAUUAGCACUAAUAUUUUUUCCCCUUUCUAAUAUUCAUUUAAAUACAUACAAUUUAUAAAUUGAUGUAAAAUAUUUUAUAUAUCAUUUUUAAAGUAAAAUUAUGUAUUGAAUUGUUUUUCUUAAGUAUACAUUUAGUUUUAACUUCCUACUAAUAGUGCAUUAGUUUAGUUUAUUUUGUAUUUUCUUUAAUGUCAUAAACUUACAGGUAUAUUUUAUGUGAAAUUAAAAUUGUCUGCACAAUAUGGUACAAUAUGCACACAGUUAAACUACUAAUAUUCUCUGUAUAUUUUUAAAACAAUUGGCUGUAUUUGAUUUUACAAAAUCUUUUGUUAAAAUUAAGAAGAUAAGUAUAAUAUUCUGAACAGUAUUUCAUAUGAUAUAUAAUAUAAGUAUUUAGUAUAAACUUAAGUAUUUGAUUAAUAUAAUACAAAAUAUAUGUGUAUGAUGCACAAACAGUAGACAAUCAAUAUGCAUUUUGUAUUCAAUCAAUAUCUUGUGAGAAAUGUAUAAUAUAUUAAGGUGCCGCACAUUAAUUAAUUUUGAAUAGUGUAAUAGUAAUUAAUAUUCUAAUAUAAAAAUUCAUAAUCUAAAUCUAAAAUGUCUAAAAAAUAGCAAAAAAUCAAGGGUCGUGGCUGAAACCUAUCGGCCGCUGCUAUCAGUUGGUGAAUAAGUGCAUAAAAAAAUGUUGUAUCCAAACAUAGUAUUUAUAAAGGAGUUGUACAUAGUAGUGUGUUGAAAAAUAAUAUUUUAAUUUAUAGAUGAAACUUUUAUAUAAUCUACUAGCCUGGGUUAAAAUUAAUCAAUCUCGAUACCUGACAGAUAUUGGAAUGGACAGCGCUUGAACUAAACCUGGGAACCAAUGUCCUUUGCAACAGUCGCAGCUUGCCAGAUAUCUAUUAAUCUAAUAGUAAUAAUAGUUAAUAAUAUGUAAUUUCUACUAACAUUAAUAUUAUAAUUAUCAUUAAUAAAAGGUUUAAAUUUUAUUAUAUAGGCCAGUCUUCCUUAGGAAAGCUAA